AUACGCACUACGCCCAUCUCUAAUCUCUGAAUUCGGCGACCGGAGUUCGUUUAAAAACAGAUUGAAAUCGUCGUUAAUUAAGUGUUACUUUGAACCACAGAAUCUCUAAAAUGGGCCUUAAAGGUUGUGAAGUGCAAUUGGACAACCCCUGGAACACCUACUACGCUGGUCAAACGGUUAACGGUCAGGUGAAGUUCACUUUCGACUCGCCCAAAAAAGUUCGAGGCAUCAUCAUCCGGUUUCUCGGAGAGGCCAACACCGAGUGGACGGAGGAGCGCAAUGUGACCACCAGCGAGGGCAAGACAGAGAAUGAGGUGACCCAGCUUAAGGGUCACGAGGAGUACUUUAAGAUCCAGUACUAUCUUUUGGGCGGCAAGAACAGUUCUGAAACAGAACUUCCGCCUGGCACCCACACUUAUCCCUUCACCUGCGCAUUGCCACCAAAUCUGCCUUCCUCUUUUGAGGGCGAAUUUGGACAUGUACGUUACACAAUUAAGGUGACGCUCGAUCGCCCCUGGAAAUUUGACCAGGAUAUGAAGAUGGCUUUUACGGUUAUAGCGCCUGUUGACUUGAAUCUCAAUCCUCGCGUCAAGGAACCGUUCAAGCUAGAGCUAGAGAAAUCCUUCUGCUGCUUCUGCUGUCGCUCUGGACCUCUGGCCGUGGUAACGAGUAUACCCCAAACGGGUUAUGUUUCGGGCCAGGUGCUGCCCAUCACCUGCGAGGUGGACAACGCCAGCAAUGUGAAUCUCACUGCGGUUAAGUUUGAGCUUCGCAAGUUGGUCACCUUCCACACGAAUCAGCCGAGAAGCGAGAAGCGCGAGUCAAAGGUGAUCAUAGCCAACUUGAGUGUUGGCCCAGUUAAUGGCAGCGAAUCGCGCACGUUUACGCAGCAAAUGGAGAUUCCGGCCUUGCCACCGACCAACCUUCUCAAUUGCGGCAUUAUCGCUCUCGACUAUGAUCUGCAUGUUGAGUGCGAUGUCAGCGGUCCGCAUCGCAAUCUCACUGGCAAGGUGCCAAUAACCCUGGGCACCAUUCCAUUGGCGGGCGUAAGGCCGCCAGCCCAGUAUACUGAUGCUCCGUCGGCUGUCCAGUCCGAGGAUCCGUCGCUGGCGCCCACACAACCGGUGAGUCCGGCAAGUCCUCCAGGUGGCGAUGGCGUGGGCGGUGCCCUGGGCUGGAACGUCGCCGACAGCACUGGUGGUGGUUCCCUGUACCCCAAUAUACCGCCACCACAAUUUGUGGAGACCCAGUACAAGGCACCAACUAUUGCCGGACGCGACGACUCAGAACAUACCCAGAUAAUCGGAGACGGUGCUUUUGCUCCCCGCUACCCAACCUUCCAGUUUAAUAACGCCACUGCACCGCCAGCGAACCAGUAGAUGAAUCUCCAUGCAAAGACCCAGGAUGAUAUUACCUGAUCCAUAAAAAAAAUGGCAAAGACAUUUUCACUCGCUGUCUCUGGAAGUUGAGUAAUUAGUCGAUUUAAGAGGGCUUUUAUUGAAGAGGGCUUGUUUUUCUUUCGUAAUUUUGAUCGGCUUUGCAUUUAUUGAAUACCAGCUUUCCGUCCAAAACGAAAGCACAAUUAGUUGCAGUCAAAAUAAUGUAGUUUUGUGAAAAUGGUUAAACCACUAGCUGUGCUUUGUCAUUUAAUUGUUAUAUAUUUUUUUAAAAUAAACUUUAAUGAAAAAAACUUCAAUAUCGAACGCCUUUUAAAGUUGCCAUAGAUCCAAGUUGAAAAAGAUAUUAAUGUUCCCCAGUAGAUUUUGUACAUAUUUAUCUUGGGCAUUAGCAGAAAGUCAUAAAGGAUAUAUUGUUUUGACUGUAUCUGAAUAUAUAAUUGUAUAUGUACGCACAAUUUACUCAAUUUGGAUAAGAAAUGCAACCGCGCUGCUCAAAGUAAUUACUUUCUCAUUUUCUAAGCCAGAAAUAGUGCCUGAAACUAAUGUACGAAUAUUAUCGUAAUAAAACAAAACUUAUUGAAGAAGUUUAACAAGGCCA